AUGUCAAAGGAGGCCGCAGAACAAGUGUCGCAUUGGGUACAUGAUGCUGAAUCUCUCGUGACAGUUCAGCGCAUUGUUCAGACGUUUGACCUGUCGUGGUCGGCAUCAUUGUCAUUGCUCAAGGAGAUCCCAAGACAAGGCAAUGAGUACACCGUCACGGUUUAUUCGCGAGACUCCAAAACAGACGAUGCUGAAGAUUGUUCAGAAGUCCUGCGCCUGGUCACUCAAAAAUGGAACGACAAGAACAAACCAGAGCAAUCCGUGACUUGGUGUGCACUGGCACUGAAGUCAUGCAAUGAAUCUAUCCAAGCUGCUUAUGAGAGAGACAGGGCUCAAUUCCACGAUACCAUGGCCCAGAUCAAACUCGAUGCUACUGCUGAUUCUUACAACUUGUUUGCCGUUCCUGAACCGCUCAAGAAGCGGUUUGAGGCGUACAAAGGGAAAAGAUCGGCGGUGGAUGCCUUUGAUGAUGAAGAAAAUGAAGCAAAACCAACCAAGUCGACAACAAUUGCUCCACUCCGCGUCAAAAAAAAGACAACCACAUCGGCCAAAUCUUUCUUUGCCAACAAAACCACUACCAAAACCACCAGUACUACUACAACCAGCAAAGCAGGUUCGAAAGGAAAAACAAGUCAACCCUCAAAGGCAAAGCAGUCUUCUUCGUCCUUUUUUAAGCCCAAGAAUGGUGGAGCCAGUCAACCAGGAACCACUCUGUCCGCCAAGGGAAAGGUUCACAAUAAGAAGGGCAGCGCUGACGAGGAGAAAGAAAACGUUCGAAACAAAGCGUCCAAGGUCGGUAAUGCAGACGAUUUCGUGGGGGAUGCUGAUGACGAUGACGACGACGAUGAUGAGAGCGACGGCAUGCUUUCUCGGGAUGAUGACGAGGAGGAGGUCGAAGAGAGCAAACCGGCGGCAGCAAAUGAUGGGACAACCAAAGAAGAUGUAGCCAUGGAGGAUCCUGUGGAAGGGUCCCCAAUGGAAACAGAAGAGCCCGAAAAGGCCGCAAGCAGUUCACAAGCAACUGCAGAAACGGAGACGAAGCAUCGCAGACGAAGAAAGAAGAUGGUGGAGCAAACAUUCACGGACGAAAACGGAUACAUCUACACAGAGACAAAGGCUGUCUGGGAAGACGUGCCUUCUGAUGAGGAAGAGCAAUUCCCAGUGCCUUCCAAAAAGAUUGUUCAGGCAAAGGGAAAGAAGCCCAUCAAAAAACCAAGCAAACAAGGGAGUAUCACUAGCUUCUUUGGAAAGCCAAAGAAAAAGUAA